AUGGCAGCAAUGGACCUCGCUUUGCUCCCAUCUGAAGACGACGAGGGCAAACCAAUCACAUGCAACCCCGCUGAUACCGAUCUUUCCUCAGUCCACCUUCACUCCGUCACGACCCCACACAACCAUGGCCGCAUCUUUUGGUCACCAGCACCUGGUUUUGCCAUGGGCGUUGGGUCGGUACGCGAGCGUUUCUUACCGUACGAGGAAGGCGACACAUUUAUCAGCACAGGCGCCGGCGUUACGUGGCAGAUGGCCCGACGAGACGCGCACAAGUACGAGUUUGGCGAUAAGGGGAACAACCUGGUGGUGGUGAAUGACGAGGACGGGAUGGACAAUCUGCGACAUUCUCUCGAUCUGGGUAAAUCAUGUGAAAUAUGA